AUAUUUUACUGGUUGUUUUUCUUCGAUUGAAGUCGAAGAUGAUUGCUUUAAUCUGAUCAGUCCAUUACUCAACGACUGCGGUGUGGUUUUCUUUAGACUGCAUCGGCUUUUAUAAGAUUCGGAGUUCAUCAGCGACUAGUUUUUUGUCUGGAAAUCUUAGAUCUGGAAUUUGGCCUUUAAUGGAUGCGCAUUCUUUUAUUGAAUUAAUCAAUUUUGUUGAUAAAUGGUUGCUGUUUACAGUUCAUAAAUCUUCUUUGACUUUAUUGUGAAGAGGAAUUAGGGUUUUCAUGUGGAUGGAGUGGAGACAAGGUUUCCACCUGGAUGGAGUGGAAUUAGGGUUUUCAAAUUGUUAAAUCUUUGGAAGGUGAACUUCAUAUAGGUAUUUCAUUACAUAGACGUUUUGCCAAAAAAAUGAAAAAAAACCCUACAUCCGAGUAGGUAUCUUUUUGGGAGGCUUCACCGUAAAGCCAUCUACAAGUAACCUUAAUAGAUUCUUAUGGUCUUUCUUCAAGAGAAGAUGAUGAUGACAAUCUCAGUGGUCUGCUGAAUCAUCCUUAUAUUCAGGGAAUUUCCAGAUAAAUUGAUGCUUGGGGUUUUUUGCAAGAAAAAUAUUGUUGGAUUAGUAAAUAGAUUAUCUAAAUAAUAUUCUGGUGUUCUAUGUUCCUAUGGAGGAGGAAAAAAAUAAAUUGAUUAAUAUACAGAAAUUAUAUUAGAAUUCUCCUCUUUUUAGCUGAUUGCGGGGUACAUCUUCCUUGUUGAGAACGUAAAGUGAUUGUAGAUAUAUUACUCUCCAUGGAAGAUUUGUCCCUUUUGGCAAUCAGGAUGACAGCACAUAUAGUAAUGCCUACUUGGUUUGCUGCUUUUUUGGUGCGUCGUUGUUUUAUGUCAUGUGGAGUAGUUUCACACAAGCAUGUGUUCUCGUUUUAUUAGGCUUAUUUAUCAAAUUGUUAUCCAAGCCAAUCUAAGACUGUUGUGGCUGUUACUAUUUUGUGCACUAAUCACUGGAAGGGCGACCAAUGUGGGGCUUCUAUACAUGACUCGAGUUUGCAGUUGUUCUGGGGAUUCAGCAUCAAUGUUGGAGAUAAGUAGAAAGGGAAAGCAAUUAAAAAAGGCAGCUUGUGGCACUUGUGGUGGUAAACCAUUGGUUGAUGGCAUAGAAUCUGAAUCUGCAAGUAUGCUUAGUACAGUUGAUCUGGAACUUAGUAGCUUCAUCAAUCCUGAUCUGACUUGGAAAAAGGUUAAGAAAGGCUGUAGGACUACAACUAGGCGAUCGAGGAAGUUAGUUGAUCAAAAAUCGAAUGUUGGUGCCAAAUCAGGUAACAAGAGCAGCGAAAGGGAUCAGGACUCGUCAGUGACUGAAUCCGAAAAACUUGGUGUUGCUGUUCUGGGCAGACGCUUUGCUGAGAAAGUAGUGGAUGUUCCAAUCAAGAAAAGGAGAUUUUCGGUUAGGCCUCCAUCUCCACCACCGAGGACCCCAUCGCUAGAUCAUGAAGGUUCUCUAUCACCUCAGCUGCAGACACCCUCUCCACACUCCAUAGAGUCUGAGCAGCUUGUAGAUACCAGAACUUCUGCUGCAGGGAUUGACAAUGAUGAUGACUUCUCUGGUAUUGAGCUGCUAGCUGCAGCUGCAUGUGGUAGCAGCAUUGACAAUGAUGUUAAGUUGGAGACUUUUGCAGUGAAAGAAUCUGCGAAGGCAGAUGCUGUUGGUUUCCAUGAUGCCGCCAUACCUCUUAAGGAAAGCAUUGCAUCAUCAGGAGCAAGCCACUUUUCUGACAAAGACUUGGUAAAUGAAGAUGAUAUGGGGGAGUCCGCUGUUAAUGAAAUUGCUGCAGUUAGUAAGAAUGAGAAUGGAGGUGUAGUCAGAAAUCGAGCUCAUUGGGACCUAAACACUGUAAUGGAAGCUUGGGAAGAGCCAGAUGAUGUUACGCCUGAUAAUAGUCUGAUCAAUUGUUCAGAAAUUGCCCCCGGUGGUAUUCAUUUUGAAAAGCUUAAUGUCGAAAAUUCCUUAGUUCAGAGCAAUGAAAAAGAUGUCCUGGGUCAUACUGAAAGAUUGGAGCAGUCGGGAAUGUGCAAAGUAGUUCCAUCAAAUGUUGAAAGCAAUAAAGAACUUGCAGAUGACACUGAACUUGCAGCUAUCAGGUCUUGCUUCAAAGAGGAUGCAUCGAAAACCUGCUCUUCUCUAGAGGGGACUUGCGCGGAGAAACAGUAUGUUACUACAAGUGAACGAUUACAAGAAGCCUCGAAUUUUGCUGUUCAUGCUACAAUAACUUCCAUUCCUGUUACUACAACAGAAGCUUUGGGUAAUCAUCUAUUCACUAAAUCACAACAUACUGCAAGGAUAGAUGUUUCUGAGGAAAAGAUGCAUGCCUUUAACAGUGAGAUUGAGCAAGUGGGAGAAGUAUCAUGUGGAACUUCGGUUGAUAAAAACAAGAAACUAUUAUCAGGAUGUUCUCAGGUCGUGAAACUCGAAAUUUCCACUCCUAAUUUAAUGCCUCCUAAUAAUAUUGGUCAUGCGAUUGUUGACACUCAAAUUAAAGAUUGCAAUGCUUUUGAGAAUACACAUGGGUCUCCCAAUAGCAAGACUUCUCCAAGACAGGUAAUAAGCACAGUUACCUAUAAGACCUCGGAUGUUAAUUUCACGGGCGAGUUGGAUAGAGCUUGUCAGUUCCAUCCUUCUCCCAAAGGCGAGGCCUUAUCUGCUUCCAGCACUUCUGUUGUAGUCGGCGAGGUGAAGCUUCAAGCAGAUAAAGCACCUGCAGCUGAAAAUGAUGCGAGUGAUGUUGCACUGCAACAUGGGCCUAUGAAUCUCUUCGACAAAUCUGAUAAUUUCCCAAUUAAGAUUGAUCAGAAUCAUAAUGUUGGUGACUAUUAUGAUUCUUAUGGUAAGGAUGGUAAGCAGGUUAACCUGGAUCACGUAUCAGAAUAUGAGGCUGGUUAUGAUUCUUCAUUUGAGGAUGGAGAACUGAGGGAGCCUGGUGUAUAUACUUGGGAAGAAAAUGAUAUGGAGGGGGAAACUGAAUAUGUGGACUAUGGUUCUGAGUACGGAGAUGGAGAUGAUUUUAACACUGUUAAUUCCAAGUCGGCAAAUGCCGAUAAUGGUCAGGAUGGUUACCAGACUUCUAGAAAGGGAACUUUGUUGGGGAAAAAUGAUGAAAUUGAUAAAGGAGGUACUGGUAGGAACAGAUCAGGAGUAACUGGUGAUUCCGUUAAGUCCUUUGACCAAUGUUUUAGUGGGGGUGCUUUGAAUGGAAACCACUCAGCUUGCAUGAAGACCGAAAUUGGCGGGGACCAGUUUAAUGCACAUUUGGAAUAUAGGGUUGCGGUUGCUGAUGGAAAGGUUGCUGGGUUUGAUGACAAAGGUUUAUAUGGAGAAUUCGGUCCAAGGGAUUUUAGGGGUAAGCUGUCAUCUUUCAGUAAAGGACCUUCGCCUUAUGAUGCUUUGGAAAGGAAAACUUCUUUGGAUGUACAUCGGAACAGAUUUGACAACUCUAAUUACUCAUAUUCUCGAGGUGAGAGGAACUUUGGUCCGGAGAAGUCUAUGGGGAGGGGAAGAUUUUCUAUGAAACCUCUUGGAAGUAGAAAUGAUACAGAUGGACGCUGGGUUGAUUCUCCAAGUAGCUACCGAGAUACAAGAACUCGAUAUCCACAUAGUUAUCGUGGUCCUGACAGUCAUGCCUACUCUAGACCCCGAGAUUCAAAUGCUACAUCUGGUACCAAAAUUGGCGGAUUUAAACGUGAUGAUGGAAGGCGACCGAUAAACUAUUCGUCAAACAAUGGCCCUUACCGUACCUUCAUGGGGCGGAGAUCACCAGCUGAGGGGGAGGAUUCUUAUUUUGGCCGACAUGGAUCACCACCAGUUCGAGAUAUUGGCCAAGAUCGGAGCAGAGGCAGAUCAGGACGAUAUGUUCAAGGGAUUAGGAGAGUACCUAGGGAUGACUACAAUGAAGAUGUGCCAGAUGACGCUUCUUUACGUCCUCCUCGUAGGCAACCCUAUUUUUCCAGGAGAGAACGAGGGUUUUCUCCCAAUUAUGGCAGUGGCCAAUUUUUCCGAUCCCGCAGAAACUCUUGCUCAAGAUCCCGAACGCGCUCUCCAGUUGCCUGGAAUUCACAGAGAGAACGUAACAUGAAUACAAGGCGUCAUAGUCCGGAUUUUAGGUCUGAUGCUAGAAUGGAAAGAAUAAGGCCUGCCUUUCCGAAGACCAGUUAUGGGGCUGAUAAUGAUGAACUGUAUGUGUCUCCACCGAGAACCCGAGUGUCCCCUAAUAGCAAACCUAGGUGGUUGAAUGAUGGGAACUAUAUGGAUGACCAUUUCAGAGACAGAAGGUCCCCUGUCAGAUUGUUCAGACAACGGAGCCAAAGGUUGGAAUCUGUUGGUUAUUCGGGAAGGAAGUCGGAUGGUAUUUUCCAGCCUAAUGUGCGUCGUGGAAGAUUUCAGCAGGUGUCUAGCACAGGAAGGGGACUUGAUCUUGAAGGAAGCGAUAUUGAGAAAAGUAAACCUGAUGACAGACAUGAGAUAAAUCAUCGGGUAAGGCGUUAUGAUGCUAGUGGUGCUGUGAGGAGAUUCAGGUAUGACGCAGACAAUGGUUUUGAGGCUCGUGAUGGUCAUAAAGAUGGAUUUAGGCGUACUAUUAAAAGAGACUCCCCUAAGGACGGUGCUGGAGAAGAGAGAGGUCCGAGAUAUAACAGUAAUAUGAUGUAUGCUAGUGGAUCAUGUGCUGGACAGCGGGAUUUCAACGAGGAUGCUGCCAUUGGGGAAGAAUGACAGCUUGAUCAUUGUAUUAGUAUGUGGUUUUUUUUCGCUUUAGAAGUGAAUUAGCACUGAGAUAGGAGUUUUGAAACCGAUCUGAAGUGUUUUGGUUUUGGAAGGAAGAAUUUAUCUUUUAUUUUGCGUGCCUAAUCCCAGCUGCCUCUACUCAUGAAACUGGUGAUUAUGGUUUCUUUGAUUUAUUUCUUUAGUUUGCAUAAUGUUAUUUCUAGAGCUCUUCUUCCUUCUGUCUCCGCCAUUUGUCAUAGUUUUCUGUUGGCUUAACAUUGGCAUGAUACAAAGACAUAAAGUUCAAUGAAUUGCAGUGAAUUGCUUUUUGUUGA